CAUUCCAAUCGGUGUUGGUUCGUUUCGCUCGCCGUUUGUUUUGUUUACUUUUUAUUUUAUACGCUAUUUUAUUCGCCUUUUGUUUACAUCAAUAAAACAAUUUGUGCUGCGCCAACUCUACAAUGUGUUGUGUGUUACUGUGAUAUCGUAUUGUUGUAAAAAUCCACACAUUUUUACUCGCAACAUUAGUGAUAAUUUUGGUUGUAUUUUUUGUGGUUUUAUUAGUUUGUUCGUGCGUGUUAAGACAUCAUCUGCUAAAAUAACUUAGCGCAAACUUCUUGUAAACUAUCAGAAUGAUCCUGCGGUAUCAUUGGCCGGAGUGAUGACGUGAUAUUCGUCGCUCCCUAUUGGCGGAGCGCUGGCCGCGGCGCCCUGAUUGGUGGAAGAUGUCGGGCCUGCAAGCGAGAGGGGAAGACACGAUAAAUGGAGUGGAUGUGAGGGAGCAAGGGAGUGCUUUGAGGGUGGCGACGAAUACCCCGCACCUGGUCAGCCUCGGGACGGGCCGGCUUAGCACGGCCGUUACGCUACAUCCCAUCAAACAAGGUCGGGUGACAAUCGGCUCAGACCCGACAUGCGACAUCUACGUGGUCGGCACGGGGGUGGCGAGCGUGCAUUGUCGAGUGGAGAACUCCCACGGUGUGGUCACCCUGUACCCCAUCAGUGGGAGUACCCUGCUGGACUCGCAGCUCGUCGACAAGCCCACAAGACUGGCCCAAGGCAGCAUGCUAACGAUCGGGCGCUCCAAUUACCUCCGCUUCAACCACCCGGAGGAAGCCAAGAUGAUGAAGUCAGUGUUGCCGUCAACACACGUGUCCAUGGCGCCCGUACAAUUCCAGCCCAACGACCACUGUCUGACCCCUGGUUAUCAAAACCACCAGGAAUGUUACCAAAACGUCCAGAAGUCGUAUCGAGACAACACGUUGUCCCAACUAGACCAGGAAUUAGAUAUGACUCUCAAAGAUCUGUCCAAAAGAAAACCUCCAGUCGCGCCUAGGAAACCUUACCGAGACCUAGACCAAUCAGACUCGAAUUCCGACCAGGAAUCAAGACCAAAAGUCUCCAGCAUCAUGGCGAAAGUAUCAAAAUUCGAAUACUAUGCGAAACAACAGAAAAACAUAGGAAGAAGUCAAUUCUACACUUCUAAUGAAAACGAAAUAUCGCCCAAAGUUUUUAGUAGCAACUCCCUAACAGUAAACACUCCAGCCAAAGAUGUUUUGGGCGGCAAAACUGUGCCCAACUACAUUAACAAAGUGAAAGACCAAAAAGUGAUACAAUUGACAGAGAAUAAUUCCAUAGACCCCAAAAGUUGUUCGUACGCCAAUGUUGCGAUCAGAAAAACAAAUAAAAUCGAAGACAUAGUUAGAAAUUUCGACGAGAACAAUCGAUUACCGAAAAAGAUUAACAAUGACGAGCAGGACCAUAUAUACGGGAAGAUUAAUAACGAUAAAAUCGAUAGGAAAUUCGACGUGAAAACCAAUAACUUCGAUUCAGUGAAAGAAAACUUUGAGCAGAUGAACAAGAGUGGGUUUGUGCAGAGAAGAGAUCAUUUUGAGUGUAAAAAUAAUAGAGAACGGACGGAGGAAUAUGCGAGAGGGGAUAGGGGUGUGAACGCUAAAGGGGUAGGGUUGCCUUCGCCGGCUUUCGACAGAAAUCCUCAGUACUCUCCUGUUUACGCCAAUUGUCACUAUGAGAGGAACCUGGAAGCUGAACAUAUGAGAAUUAAGGCGUACCAGGACCGCGUCAAGGAGGAGGAGCAGAAAGAAGCGGAGACGGCGAGACUGGAGGAGAUACUCAACAUGUGCGCCGAGUACGAGAGACAGAUAGCUUCUGGCAUCCCAAUAACACCAACUGAGAAGCGGGCUCACAACAAGAUCAUUACAAACGGGUCACUCCCGCGCAGCGUCGCCCUCAACAACCCCAACUUUGUGCAAACCAGCGAUGGGUAUUAUAAGUUCGAAACUAGUCAUAGCCGUAACAACUCGAUGAGCCAGUCACUACCCUUACAGAGGAAUCUCUCCAGCUACGAAAACUUUGACACCCAAGACCAACUCACACCAGAAGUUACAAUUAAAAGCCAAAAUAACUACGAAAAUGUCGGGCGAAUGGAUGAAAUCGGCAUCCCAGUAUUCGACGAAAGCCCAAGACACGAGUUAUCUAGUCCCAUUAUGAUAAGAAAGAUGCAAAAUGGCGAGAAUAGACACUUAUCUACAUCGCCCGUCGGUAGUCCUUACGAGAAUGUGUAUUAUAGUAGAAAUAACGUUUUAGGUCUUAAACCGAAAUCCCCGAACACUCAGAGUCCCAGGACGAGAAUCAAGACCACUUUUGCGCAUAAAAAUCUGCCUUCACCUCAGUAUUUCGUGUUCCCAACUCCGCCUCCAGUAGAUAGUAGCAAAAAACCUAAUUUUAAUCAACACAGUAAAGAUACGUUCCAUAAAAAUAGUGAUUAUACUCAACCUACACAACCUAAAAAGGAAACUGAAAAGAUUCCACAAAACUCGCACACAAACAAAGAAUUUUCUGAAAAACCGUCACAGAAUUCCCAACAAAGAGGAGUCAAUUCUCCAAAGGAUCCCAUUCAAAAUGGCGGAACACCGUCAAAUAUAAACAACGAAAGUAAAGUAGAAACAUCUAAAGUACAGAAUAUUAAUGAUAAUAACACUAAACCUGAGAAAUUCGGAGGUAUUGAGAAACAACUAAGUCUAGAAGAAGAGAUUCCCAUGAUAGACGAUGCAGACAUUACAAACGACAUAGAAUUCCGAUACUCCACAGCUAUAACUGAACGACACAACGAAAUAGAAAACAAAAGAAACUCCCUUAAAGACGACGUCACGGAAUCAAAAGUAUUGAUAGAAAAAGAGAUAGAAAUAAUUCCAGAAAAGCUUAUAAAAAACAAAAGCUUUGAUGACGUCAAGAAAGAGUUGAUGGCAGAUAUACCAGAGCUAGAAGAGUUUGAGAAAGACUUAAAAGAGAAUAAGAGAGAGAAGAUUAUAAAGAACAUAACGGAAGAUAUGAAGAAGAUGGAUAUAGAAGCAGACUCUAUAGACAGUGUGCUGGAUGAGAACGUGGGAGAGUUGAAAACUAAAUAUGAGAAGUUAAAAGAGGGUAGGAAGAAAUUGGUGACGGAAAUACACGAUUUGAAGAACAAAAUGUCUGAGAUUAGGUCGCAAGAAGACGACAUUCUAAGAGAGUUGGAAAUGGAGAAAGCACUGAUCAAAGGCGAGUACGACUCAGAGAUAGCGAUUUUAAACAUAGAACAGAGGAAGAAGGCAGAUCUUAUAGAGAAGGCGAAGAAGAUAGAAGAAGAGAUCCGACAGCUGAAAGAGAAGCAGGAGACACGGCAGAACGAGAUGAGAGAUCGAGUGGAAAUAGCUACGCUUAAAGUGGAGAGGAUCGACAAAGACCUGAAAGGCAACACUGCGACUUUGGAGGAGCUGCAGAACGCCCAGGACAUCCUGGACAACGAGACCAAGAUCUUUGAAGAUCUGGAGUUCCAACACCUCGAGGAGGAGUCAGAGUUAUUGGCAAAUCGAGAAGACUUACAAAACGAAAUCAUCUUACUAACCAAAAAAAUCGAAGCCCAGAAGUCUAGAAUACUAACAUUGAAGUCGGAAGCCAACGACAACCUUACUUCAGCUCUGGACGAGACCAAAAUCCUUCAAGCUGAAUACGUCAGACUGCUAAACCAAGUCGAAGAACUCACAGGCAAAGUACAAAGCAUUGAAAAAGAGUUAAAAUCCAUAGUUGCAAAGUUAAAUGACAUAGAAAGAACGCAAUCGCCUGACAGCGCGUUCUACACCGACCAAACUCGAGCAAAAUCCGGAGAAUUUGGCUACUCACCCCAGAGUUCCGAUAGCGAUGACUUGGAUAUAACCAAAAUAUCAAACUUCGAAGAUCACACUAAACAAAUCAAAGAUAAAUUUAAUUCUAUAGAUAGAAUGUCCCAAUCUAUGAUUGUGGAUAUCGAGCGAAGAGUUAUCACCGAUAUAGUAGACGUAGAUAGACACAGCGAAAGCCCUUCUAAGUCCUCAACUUCUUCGAAGGAGAAAAAAGGAUUUUGGGAACGGAAUUUCGAUUCGUUGAAACGGAAAAAGAAGCCAAAAUCUCCCGAAAAAGUCGACAUAAUGUCACAGAGUUUGAACGAGAAUAUGUUUUAUAACAAUGAGACGAUUGAAACUGAUCCUUCGUUUGACAAAUUUAACAGCUUGAGACAUUCGAAGAAGAAGGAAAAAGAAAAGGUUGUUGGCCCAGUUAAAAGCAAUUCUUCAUCGAAAAUACCGACUUUCGCCGCAUUAGGGAAGAUAAUGAAGAAAGACUCUUUCGGUAAAAGGUCUAAAGACGCAAAACCGGAUUCCACCGAAACAGAAAACUUUAAAAACCGUUACGUUAAAAGCACAAAACCAACAACGGUUAACAACUACAAAUCAAAGUCACUAUCGCCUGAUAAAAUUACCGAAGACUCUAUCAAAGAGGAAACAGAGCCUAAACACGAUGCAAAUUCACCUCCGGAGCUACCUGAAAGGUCUAUAACUUUAGAUAACAUCAAAAAACCACACGAUGGUAAAAUUUUGCACAGGAAGAGUUGUGGGGACGAACCUAGUGUGAAAACAGCGAUAUCGGAGUUCAAAAUGAUAUCGGAUUCGGGAAAGAUUCCUUCUCAAGACGACAUAGAUAGGAUAUCAAAAGUGACGAUCGAUGCGCCUCUGCUUUCGAGUGAUACGGAUAUGAGCUCUUUGGGCAAAAGGACGUUAGAUAGCUUAAUGGAGAUUGAGAAAAAACGGAUGGAAAUGUUGGAGGAACAAGGUUGCCAAGUGAUAGAAAACGAACGUGAGAAAAUAUCGGAAUUGAAACGUCGCGCUCAGGACGAAACGAAAAAGCUUUGGGACCAGAAAUCUAGAGAACAGUCCAAAUCUACAGAGAGCGAUCAUUGUCAAAGCCUACCUAGCGAUUUCGGUAGAACCGACUCUUACGAAAACAAAAAAGACAACUUUGACCAGCGAAAAGACAAUUACGACCAGCGAAAAGACAAUUUUGAUUAUAAAAGAGAUAAUUUUGACCACAAUAAGCACGGUUAUGAAAUGAGAAAAGACAACUUUGGACAGAGGCAAGACUUUGACCAGAGAAAAGACAGUUUUGAUCAAAGGCACGACGGUCCUGACGAAAGAAGAAACAGUUUCGAUUUGAACAAGGAUAAUGUACGCAGAAGUGACAAAGUCGAUCAUAGAAAUCAAUUCGACCACAGAAAUGAUCUUGGUGUUCACAGAAGGGAUCAGAGUGACCACAGAAGUGACCAGUGUGUUCACAGAAGGGAUCAGAGCGAUCACAGAGUGUUCGAUAGGAGUGCGAUGGAGGAUUCGAGUCUUGUCGAUGAUAGCCUGAAUAUGACCAGCUCAACCAUAUUUGAAGAGAGUUCCGGUCUUAUGUCAUCGUCGAUAGAAGAGCUACAAGUCCGCAACUCGCGCACCGAGUCGACAGAGGAUGACAAGCGCAGUGACGACAGCCGACCGCUCAGCCAUGCUUCCGACUUCAGCAGGGAUAAUAUAUUGUCCCUCAGCGGCGCUCCGCGUCGCAGCCGCCGCGGCGUGGCGCCCUACAGCGAGUCGCAGCGACCCCUCACCAGGUACCUGCCCGUCGACCGGGACGACUUCGAUCUGCGGAGACACGUCGAGUCCGCCGGUCACCAAAUCGAGCUGUGCCCCUACGUGACGGUGAGCUCCACGUCAUGCCGCGGGUACCUCCACAAACUGGGCGCCAAGUUCCACACUUGGUCCAAACGGUGGUUCGUUUUCGAUCGUGAAACGAAAACGUUCGUCUACUACUGGGACAAAAGUGAGAAGAAACCGCGGGGCGGUGCUUACUUCCAGGUAAUAGAAGAAGUAUACCUCGACCACGGCAACACCUCCAAAUCCCCGAGUCCACAGACUACCUUCAUAGUCAAGACUCGUCAACGGCGAUAUUACCUCAUGGCCCCUUCGGGGGAGGCAGCGAGGAUAUGGAUAGACGUCAUCUUCACAGGGGCUCAGGGGUAUACUGAAUACUUAGAAUGAAAAGAAAAAGAGUUUCUUUUUCUUGCGGAAUUAUUUUUGCCGAGGCGGUUCGGACUAAGGAGAUAGGUCAGUUUUUUUUUCAAUAAAAAAGAAGUUAAGGUUUGUCUUUGGAAUUCCUAGAUCGAAGGAAGGAAUAUUCAAUUUUCGGAUAGGAGGAAAAGAUGGUAUUAAAAAUAUUUGAGGAGAAAUCCUAGAUUUCAUAUUUUUGUAUCUAAAUUAGGAAUUUAUUCUUACAAUAACUCAUAAAAGAUCCGAACUGAGUUCACGUAUACCUAAUAUCAUUAUUUUUAUAGACUUGUAGAUCGACAUGUCUCAAUAUAUGAACUUUGACACAAUAAAUCACAAAUCGUGAACUUUAAAGUUGUGAAAUGAAAUAUCACAGUAUUUUAGAGUAUAAUCUUAAAUGUAUCUAUCCAUCUAUCUAACAAUGAAUUGUGGUUUUGCAUAUUUUGCCAUUAGACUUAGAAGUUUUAUCGAUGUAUCGUCUUAAUGAUAAAGUAUUUUAACGACAAUAAAAUUAAAAGUACAUUUUAAAUGUUUUUGAUGCAUUCAAAUAACUAUUGACAAUAAAAAAGUGCAUAACUAUCACAGGUUAUUUGAAAUAACACAAGCUAGCCACAUUUUUUGUACUUAAUACUAUUAAUUGCGCUAUAUUAGUUCGCUAUUAUGCACUAUAAUUCUUCUUCUAUCUUGUGGGUUGUGAGGUGAAUUACCAACCUCAUCAACCCUGGUGUCAGGGUUAUUAUUGAACCACCAAAGGUCUCUGACAUGGCUCAUGUAACGAUUACUCACAUCAGUAAGUAAGUAGUAACUGGGACCAACGGCUUAACGUUCCUUCCGAAGCACGGAUCAUCUUACUUUCGGACAAUCAGGAGAUCAGCCUGUAAUGUCCUAACCAAACUAGGGAUCACUAAGUGAUUUUUAUGAUAUGUUUCCACCGGGAUUCGAACCCGGGACCUCCGGAUCGUGAGCCCAACGCUCAACUAUUGGACCACGGACCGGUUUUUAUAAUUUAAAUGAUCCCAUAUCAUGUCUACUAAAUAUCAGUAGAUUAUGUUAUUAUUGUCUAUUGCCUAGUUGUCUGUGGUAAAACAAGUAAUAAAAUUAAUUCCUUUUUCGAAUGUGUCAAAAACAUUUUUUUAAUAAUUGUAUUUGAAGACAAUACGUUACAUUGUGCCAAUGGAUUUGUAUGGUUUUAAAUUAGGCAGCUAUUUUUAUACACACAUUUUAUAAUCAAUUUAGUAUUAUGUAUUGGAUAAUAUAUGGAUUGAAUUGGUGCCUUGUAUAAGACUGAUGAAUUAUCAGAAACCGAUAACAUUCGCUCCUAUGUAUUUUGUACUAUUAUCUAGUAUACGAUUUUAUUGCAUGUCUAAGGGAAAAGGACCGAUUUCUUCAAAAUAUGAAUUAACUACUUUUUGGGGUUAAACGGCAACUAAAUAUUAUAAAUAGUUUUUAAGUUAUAGUAUCUCCCAAGUUUCAAGAAAAACCCUAAAAUACCUACAAUGUUUUUUCGUCUCAUUGUAGAGAAAACCUUCGGUCUAUUUUUCCUGAUAUCGAAACCGAGUUUUAGUAUUGGAAAGUCUAUUUAUUACCUGUGUAUUGUAAUUAUUUUUGAAAUGAAUACGCUGCAUUAUUGCACGAUUUUAAAAAGUUAUGUUACCAUAAUUAGAAUAUUCUAGUGUGGCAACUUUACAUUGCCUUUUUAAAAUAAAAGAAUUCGAAUAAUUUUUUUAGAGGAAACGAAUUAUGGUUUGUCAAAAAUAUUUUUAAAUAUUAAAUAAUUUUGACGAAUUAUAACUUCUGCUAACAUUAACGGCACUUUGUUUAAAAAUAAUAUUUUAAUUAGUUAAUGUUUCUAAAUUGUAAUCUACGUAUAUAUAUAGUAUAAAAUAUAUUUUUUAAUAAAACGCAUGUUUUGUUUACAUAAAUAUAACAUAAAGUUUGUAAGUACAAAGUCGUAAUGUUUGUAUUACGUGUAAUACCAGUGUAAAAAAUAAAGUGUAAUUUAAGGCUUGCAACAUUGUGUCUUAUAAUUUUAGAUUACGUUGUAAUACGGCUGAUACCAAUUAUUUUAGGUCAUAAGGUCACAUUAACCAAGCAAAUAAUAAAAGCAGCUGUGUAAUAUGA